AUGCCUAACAGAAUCAGUGACCUGUCUACUUGGCAAGGAAAAUGGAGUCCCUUGGUUGCUGAUUCUUAUGAAUCUGAGGUCCUUCCAGCCAGAGCUCUCUGCACUAAAAGUUCUAAUUUCAGCAGGAUGGCCGACAUAUCUUGGUUUAUCUAAAAUCCUCUUCAGUUUCUGUCAGGGUCUUUAUGAGCCUCUUUUGAAGGUCUCAGAUGUUCAGCCACAGAACUGGAGUGGAAUUUGUUUGGAGGACAUGACUGACGUCACAGUCUAAAUCCCCUUAGGCACAUCAUUUCGUGCUGCAAGUACCGGCCAUUGUUACAACAUCUUUCAGUCAACAGAUUUGGCACAUGAAGGAUUUACAUCCUCUGUCCCCCAAACACCUCAGUUUCCAGCAAGCCAUCAUAUUCAUUUUCAUCUUAUGGAAAUCAGUGAUCCCUCUCCCUAUCCCAGCCUGCUGGCCUGGGAGGCACAUCCAGACUUGGGAAACCGUUGUGUCCUGGGUCUCAAGAGUCUUGCCGCUCUACCUGCUUUCUUUCCUCCUGCAAGUAAACUUGUUUCCCCACCUCACCUUUUUUUUUUUUUAAAGCAAUUCAGAGCUCAAGGUAAAGACCUUAAGAUAACUUUGUAUGCCUCUCCCUUUCUAGGUCUUUGCAUAGGAAUCCGAGGAGUUAAUCUUGUUUGAAUCUUCAGACAAGCUUCCGGGAGGACUCCAUACCCGCCUUGCAGCAGAUGUUUCCUGCCACCCAGUAGACAACCCGGUGACGCAGGACAUGCCCCAGCUAGAGGGAUGCAGAUUCCUUUUCUGCUCCUGAAUCUCAUCUGUGCCUCAGACUUUCUCCCCCCAGCUUGAGACUGCGUUUAAACUGGGAUGUGGGAAAGCGGGAAGCAAAGUUCCUGGUAACUGAGAGGCCAUGAUGCAGGCUCUCCCCAGGCCGGGAGUUCAGCUGCAGUGAUUCUGCAGAUGUGCCCAGCACCAUCUUUAUUUGUGCUUAAUGGCACAGCAUUUGGUCGGUACAUCUGAAAAGGAAGGUGUGAGAAGCAAAGCCCAUGGCCACGUUCCCCUGCCAAUUAUGUGGCAAGACGUUCCUCACCCUGGAGAAGUUCACGAUCCACAAUUAUUCCCACUCCAGGGAGCGGCCCUACAAGUGCUUGCAGCCUGACUGUGGCAAAGCCUUUGUUUCCAGAUAUAAACUGAUGAGGCACAUGGCUACCCAUUCUCCCCAGAAAUCUCACCAGUGUGCUCACUGUGAGAAGACAUUCAACCGGAAAGACCAUCUGAAGAACCACCUCCAGACCCACGACCCCAACAAAAUGGCCUUUGGGUGUGAGGAGUGUGGGAAGAAAUACAACACCAUGCUGGGCUACAAGAGGCACCUGGCCCUCCAUGCGGCCAGCAGUGGGGACCUCACCUGUGGGGUCUGUGCCCUGGAGCUAGGGAGCACCGAGGUGCUGCUGGACCACCUCAAAGCCCAUGCAGAAGAAAAGCCGCCUAGUGGAACCAAGGAGAAGAAGCACCAGUGCGACCACUGUGAAAGAUGCUUCUACACCCGGAAGGACGUGCGCCGCCACCUGGUGGUCCACACAGGAUGCAAGGACUUCCUGUGCCAGUUCUGUGCUCAGAGAUUCGGGCGCAAGGACCACCUCACUCGGCAUACCAAGAAGACACACUCACAGGAGCUGAUGAAGGAGAGUUUGCAGACCGGAGACCUUCUGAGCACCUUUCACACCAUCUCGCCUUCGUUCCAACUGAAGGCCGCUGCCUUGUCUCCUUUCCCUUUAGGGGCUUCUGCCCAGACCGGGCUCGCAAGUAGCUUGCCAGCUGAGGUCCACAGCCUUGCCCUCAGCGCCCCAGAACAAGCCGCCCAGCCUAUACAGCCGCUGCCAGAGGCCCUCGCCUCCCUCCAUCCCUCAGUGUCCCCUGGCUCCCCUCCUCCACCCUUCCCCAACCACAAGUACACCACUUCUACCUCAUACUCCCCACUUGCAAGCCUGCCCCUCAAAGCAGAUACUAAAGGUUUUUGCAAUAUCAGUUUGUUUGAGGACUUGCCUCUGCAAGAGCCUCAGUCACCUCACAAGCUCAACCCAGGUUUUGAUCUGGCUAAGGGAAGCGCUGGUAAAGUAAGCCUGCCCAAGGAGCUACCUGCAGAUGCUGUGAACCUAACGAUACCUGCCUCUCUGGACCUGUCCCCCCUGUUGGGCUUCUGGCAGCUGCCCCCUCCUGCUGCCCAGAAUGCCUUUGGGAAUAGCACUCUCACCCUGGGGCCUGGGGAAUCCUUGCCUCAUAGGUUGAGCUGUCUGGGGCAGCAGCAGCAGGAACCCCCACUCGCCAUGGGCACCAUGAGCCUGGGCCAGCUCCCCCUGCCCCCCAUCCCCCAUGUUUUCACAGCUGGCACUGGCUCUGCUAUCCUGCCUCAUUUCCAUCAUGCAUUCAGAUAAAUGGUUUUUAAAGCGUAUUUUUCGUAUGCUGGAAGAUGUUUUAGAAGCAUUUUAAACGUCAGUUAUAAUACAAGCAAAGAUUUAGAAAACAGAACUGGGAAUAUGGCUUAUUCAAUGAUGGCUGGCUUGAGAUAAGAGAAUUCUCGAACUGCAUGUAUUGUGCCAAUCUGUCCUGAGUGUUCAUGCUUUGUACCAAAUUUAAUGAACGUGUGUUCUUUAAUCAAACUGCAAAUAUUGUCAUAACCAACAUCCAAAAUGACGGCUGCUAUAUAUGUUUGUCAUAUGGAAUUUAAUUGUAAGCCAUGAUCAUAAUAAUGUUAACUAAAUAAUUUUAUGUGGCACUGCCUAGGAAGGGAACUAUGGAAAGGUUUGGAUUUCUCCAGAUUGGGAGAAUUUUUUAAAUAAGAAAAUAACCUUUAUAUGGUAUGCUAUAACUAGGCUGUGUAUUUCUUUUCAGGGAUUUUUCUACCUUCAGGGUUGGAUGUAGUUUAGUUACUGUUACCAUAGCCAACCUAUAGUUUUACAUAAACAAUUUCUUGUGGAGUAAUAGAUUUCUCCAUUUUAAAAAAACAUUUUAAAUGUAGUUUGAAUAUUUUCCACAAGAUGCUGCAAUGUGAGUUAUCACUUCAUUUAUCUUAAAGACUAAACUGGUUGUCAGUUACAUCUGACAGAAAAAAAAAAAAAUCACUGUGUAACCAGGUUAAGUGGUAAAAUAAUCCAGGCGUCAGUCAAAGACAUUUUGCUGACUUUAAUAUUGAUUAUAUUUUUAACAGGAAUUUAAGAAAAUAUUACUGGAAUUAAAUAUAUAUAUAUAUUAAACAAGACUUUUCUUUGCUCUGUCUAGCUUAAACUACUACUCAAGCUGCUUAAGUUCCUAAGUAUUGUUUUUAAUCACCAGUAAAUGCAUUUGUAAUUCAUCAGUUUAAGUCAUUAGCUUUUAUUCAGAGAGGAUUACAUUUUACACUGUAACUAUAAUCUCUCUUGAAUUUGGUGUCUUAUUAAUGAGUUUUAAAAAUGUAAAACCUAACCUUUUUUUAAAGCUUCUUUGUCUUUUGUUUUUAGAGGCUUUCUUUUCCAUAAACAUAUAUCUUACAUAUAAUAAAGUUUUCAAAUCUUGCAA